AGUCACUAAGCCCCGCUGUAGCCCACCAGUCACUUGCUUGAGGCUUCUUUUAACUCCGAAAGGCAAGAGCGCUCGGAUUUGGAGAUUUAGGCAAAGGUGGAAAGGCAAAAUACAAAAUCGGACUGGACCCAAAACGGGAUGAAGGAAAGACGCAGGGCAAUCCUAUACGUGGGUACUCAGGAGUAAGCCCCAUUGAGUUCAAUGGGACUUACUCACAGGUAAUUCAGUAUAGAAUUUCAACAUGUUUGUUGGGAGGGAUGUGCAUACAUGGAAAACAGAAGGGAUGAGAACGAGAAAGCAUAGAGGUGCAUAGGAGCUGAAGGAAAAAGCUUUCUUUUAGAAAGGAAGAAAAAAAUGGGCAUCACCAACUUUGGCUGCAAGACGUAACGGAGAAACGGUGCCUGCUUAUCUAAGUGGAGAGCCUCCAACAGGUAACUUAGUUUCCUCACCCAUGUCACAUCGCCCUUCCAUGUAAAGCCAUGCGUGCAGAUGAAUAACUUCAUGUAUUACUGUCUCUCUCUUGAUGUACACAGCCUCUCCCUUCAGAACCUUGCUUUCCUAGCUGCCUUCCAAGAGAGACAUUCUGGUCCCCCAUUCUUCACCAGCAAAUGAGGGGAAAGUUGGAGUGCUUGGAUAGGACUGAUCAGGCAAGAGCAAAACUCCAAGCUGGACUUAAAGGUGGAUGGUUGCAAGUGCAUCUUGUCAACUCAGGAGCUUACCAGGCUCAGCAAUAACAAGAUAAGCCGUUUAGUCACCUCUUUCUCUACUUUCCCUCUGCUGGUAUUGCCUGAUUCCUCCAAACUGCAUGUGGAGAGCUCCGACUUAGGGAAGGUGAUUCACAUUCAGCCCAAAGGACUGGUCUUCAUUUGUUCCAUGAUCAUUUUGUAUGUGUGGUUUUCCAUCUAUUGUGUGGGUGAUUAAAAAAAAACAAGAUGGAAUUGAACUGAAGUCAAGCAGUUUUUAGAAGAGCUGCCUUCUUCUAUCAGAUCCAUCAUGGCUGCGGGUGUAGCAGCAUGGCUGCCCUUUGCCAGAGCAGCUGCCAUAGGAUGGAUGCCAGUUGCCAACUGCCCUAUGCCACUGGCCCCAAUGGAGAAAAACAAACGACAGGAUGAGCUCAUCAUUCUUAAUGUGAGUGGUAGGCGCUUCCAGACCUGGAGGACUACUUUGGAGAGGUACCCCGACACUCUGCUUGGCAGCACAGAAAAAGAGUUCUUCUUUAACGAAGACACAAAGGAAUACUUUUUCGACCGGGACCCUGAUGUCUUUAGGUGUAUCUUAAAUUUUUACAGGACUGGAAAACUGCACUACCCAAGGUAUGAAUGCAUCUCAGCCUAUGAUGAGGAGCUUGCCUUUUAUGGGAUCCUACCUGAUAUCAUUGGGGACUGCUGCUAUGAAGAGUACAAAGACAGGAAACGGGAAAAUGCUGAGCGGUUGAUGGAUGACAGUGACUCCGAAAAUAAGCAAGAGUCUAUGCCAGCUCUGAGCUUCCGGCAGACCAUGUGGCGAGCCUUCGAGAACCCCCAUACCAGCACCUUAGCCUUAGUCUUUUACUAUGUCACCGGCUUCUUUAUUGCUGUCUCUGUGAUCACCAAUGUAGUGGAGACUGUACCAUGUGGAACAAUCCCUGGCAAUAAGGAACUGCCAUGUGGAGAAAGGUACGAAAUGGCUUUUUUCUGCUUGGACACAGCUUGCGUUAUGAUUUUUACAGUUGAAUACCUUAUGCGACUCUUUGCGGCUCCCAGUCGCUACAGGUUCAUCAGGAGUGUCAUGAGCAUCAUCGAUGUGGUGGCCAUCAUGCCGUACUACAUUGGCUUGGUGAUGACAGACAAUGAAGAUGUCAGUGGGGCCUUUGUGACUCUGAGGGUUUUCAGGGUGUUCCGGAUUUUCAAAUUCUCCCGUCAUUCCCAAGGCUUGCGAAUCCUGGGGUACACUCUGAAGAGCUGUGCCUCAGAGCUUGGUUUUCUUCUAUUUUCUCUCACUAUGGCAAUCAUCAUCUUUGCUACUGUGAUGUUUUAUGCAGAGAAAGGAUCUUCGGCCAGCAAGUUCACCAGCAUCCCAGCUUCUUUUUGGUACACUAUUGUCACCAUGACUACUCUUGGUUAUGGAGACAUGGUGCCCAAAACGAUUGCUGGCAAGAUAUUUGGCUCCAUCUGCUCCCUGAGCGGGGUGCUUGUCAUUGCUCUCCCAGUCCCAGUUAUUGUUUCCAACUUCAGCCGGAUCUACCAUCAGAAUCAAAGAGCUGACAAGCGACGAGCACAAAAGAAAGCCCGGCUGGCCAGGAUCCGUGUGGCCAAGACUGGCAGCUCCAACGCCUACCUUCACAGUAAGCGCAAUGGCCUCCUUAAUGAAGCCCUGGAGUUGACGGGAUCUAUGAAAGAUGAACACAACAUCAGCAAAACCACUUCUAUAAUUGAAAGUCAGCACCACCACCUACUGCACUGCUUGGAAAAAACAACUGGAUUGUCCUAUCUUGGGGAUGAUCCCCUGUUAUCUGUACGAACUUCCACCUUCAAGAACCAUGAGUUCAUUGACGAGCAGAUGUUUGAGCAGAACUGCCUGGAGAGCUCGAUGCAGAAUUACCCGUCCAGUCGCAGCCCCUCCCUUUCGAGCCACCAAGGCCUGAGCACCUCCUGCUGUUCCCGCCGCAGCAAGAAGACAACCCACCUCCCUAAUUCCAGUGUGCCAGCGACCCGGCUGCGGAGCAUGCAAGAACUCAGCACCAUACACAUCCAGUGCAGUGAGCAGCCCUCACUUACAACAAGUCGAUCCAGCCUAAAUAUGAAAUCAGACGAUGGGCUGAGACCGAACUGCAAAGCCUCCCAAAUAACUACAGCAAUCAUCAGCAUCCCGACACCUCCAGCACUGACCCCAGAAGGCGAAAGCAGGCCUGCCCCAUCCAGUCCCGGCCACUCAACGAACAUUGCCGCUAUGAGCAGCAACAUUGUCAAGGUUUCGGCUUUGUAAGGCUGUGUUGGUCAAAGGAGGCUGCUUGGAAGGCCAGCGUUUCUCUCCCUUUCCCCCACCUCCAUGUUCCUCCUUUGCUGCAAAUUGUGCCUAGAUGAGUGGCUGGAUGGACAGCUAGACCAACCUGACCAACAUCUAAGAAUUAACUGCGGGAGCCUGACAAGGCAGCUUCCUUCAAACUCACAUUCAUGCUGCAGAGUGAGCUCAGAAGAACUGGGAAGCUAGAAGGAGCUCUCUUUUGUCUGGGUUGGAAGGAGCUCUCUUUUGUCUGUCAACAAGAAGAAGAAAUGUUCCCAGAUGGGGGGCAUAGAAGAGUUUCCAGAAAGUGGAAGAGACAUCCUGUCAUAGCUACGAGAAAGUCAAUAAAGAAGCAGAAUUAUAACACUGUGUAUCUCAGCACCUUUUCAAUGGUUUUUAAUGGAUAAUAUUUAUUCAUAAGGAUAUGACUGAAAAAGGUGAUUAGAAAAAAAUGGAUUUUGUGAUUAUUAUUAUUAUUAUUUCCUUCAUGCAGCAGGAUCUUUUAAUCAACCAAAAGUACACAUUUGCUUUCUUUUAUAGCUGAAGGUUUUAGGCAAAAAAAAAAGCCACCUUGUCACGAAAAUUUGGUUUUCAUUAUUUUGUGAGUGCGUGUGUGGGUGAGAGCAAGCAAGAGGAUUCGUGAAACUUGGCACACUCCGACUACAAAAGAUCUGAGCACACUUUCCGGUUUCUGGGCUCAACCCUGCAAAGACGUACCAUCUGCAUGGUCCACGACAAGCUUUAAGUAGUGCCUGUAGAGCCAGGGGUUCUACUCACUGUGUACCCUUUUCUUGCAUGAGUGUGUCUUUGCAGGCUUCAGCCUUUAGUGCGCAGUAGCAAAAAUAGAGACCUGCAUGCAAUCACACACACACAAGCACCAAUAAAACUCUCAUUGUGGAUGGCAUUCUUUCUUAAGACAGGUUUUUUUUCUGUAAUUGCCUUUUAAUUCAACACAAAUUGCAGUUGCAAACAGUGUAUUUGUCUGCUAAUUAUUGUAUGUGCUGGAGAAAAAAAUAUUUGUUGGGGGAAAGACAGGCAUUUGUAGUCCACCACAAUUUUCUGCUUUUUAAAAAAUUAUUUUGUUAUCACUGGCUUGUUAAAGAGUGUGACUAGAAUAACCAGUUCUGUAUUUUUUAAAAAGUCUAAAGAAGUAAGCCUAGGGGGGAUUUUAUUUUUUAAUCUUGUACACACGAGUUUCAAAGAGAGCAAAAUUAGUCAAAGCAACUGCGCCAGAUGUUCAGAAAUGCUCUGUAAUCUAUGCCCAUGCUUUCUUUCUUUCUUUCUUUCUUUCUUUCUUUCUUUCUUUCUUUCUUUCUUUCUUUCUUUCUUUCUUUCUUUCUUUCUGUUUUAUAUGUGUUUAUUUAAUAGCAUUGGAAGUGUCUCCCAUUGUAUAUAGUAGCCAGAUAGUCUGUGGAAACUGUCCUUGGUAGGAAUACUUCAGGAGCCAACUGUUUUGCAUGGACUGAUAGUGUGUCUCAUUUUGUAAUGCAGUCCUGUGGCUCUUGGUGACAGUCUCUGGGUUGCAUCAGUUUGAUGGAUCAAGCAAUUUAACAAUAUUUGACUUUCCCUUGUUAAAGCAUCAUUUCCUGCCAAAGAGGAGGGUCGCUUCUAGAUUGUUGGGAUCUACUUUAUAUUAGAGUACCAUUUCUAAGCAAUUUAUAAAAACACUGUUAAUAGAUGGUUAAAUAUGUUUCAAAAAUAGUUCACCAAUUGUUAAAAUAUUGUUAUACUGUUUAGAAAGCGUAGGACUGUGAGUCAUAACCAGCUAUAAGGUUUUAUACCGAUGUUCUCAUAAUGUACCUCCCUGGGUGCAAACCUGUGGGACUUCCAUCCAUGUCAACAAGGCUUACAAUACUGUAAUACAGAGCUCUGUGGAUUGUGUUCUUUUGUCACAAAUUUUCUUAACCUUUUCGGACUCAUUUAACCUUUACAUUUAUUCCAAAUGUAUUUUAGGUUGUGUACCCCAUAAUGUCUUUUGCAGCUUUGCAGCUUUCAUUUUUGGCAAACCAUCACAAAAUGUGGCCCAGAAUGUUUUUGAUCCUGAAAUUGUGUUGCUGUGAAAACGAGGUUUUGCAAACCCAACAUCAUGCUCAGAAAAAAUAAUAAUAAGCAGCUCCAAUGGGGGAGGGAAUCGUCUUUAUUUUCAGACUUCUAUUCUGAUUUGCUUUUCGGCAUCUAAAUUAAAAGCAUUGAGCAAAUAGUGCUUGGAAGCCACACACACAAAAAAAGAAUAAAAACAGCUAGUUCUAAUGAAAUGUACCUUUCAGCCAAAUAAAAUUAAAACUUAAUGUAACGUAUGAUCACCUACUAACAACAAACUUGUUUUAGUUCAUUUCUUUUUUCUCAGAUACCUUAUAGUGCUAUGUUUUUGUUUAUUCUAAAACCCAUUCCAUCUUCAGCUUUCAAACAAGGAAUUUUUGUGCAUUGGCCACAGAAUCCCUCGCAAGCUCAGUCCUAGGAUACAACAGAUGAUGCCAGGUGGCAACCAAACCAAUUAGGUCUACAUUGUCCUGCACAUACUGUGUCACUGUGUUGUAAGAAAAAAAUGGCAAUGGUGGACAUGUAAACUUGUCCAUCAUGAAACAGUCUUCUCAUCAAGAAAUUCCCAAUAAGCUUCUGAGGAACUGAAGGUUCCAAGGACACAGUUUUUAAAAGCCACUGUUCUAGUAACAUAACAGGCCUUAAUUUACCCCUUAAUGUUUGUCCAAGAACCCUUUUUCAAUACCACAGUUUAGCCUUGGAACAAGUAAAGGAUGUGCCUUUGAGUGUCUGCAGAGUAGCGUCACGUCCCUAUCCCCACCCCCUAUUAAAUAACUAGCACCAGUCCCACACAUCCAGGAUUAGGGGAAAGGUUUGUCGGCCAGUGGCGAACAAAUAAACUUCAGCUCUGGUACCUCUGAUUUUCGAAAUUAAGUACUACAUUGUCCUCGAGUCCAAUCAUUUCAUUAUCCUGUUUAAUUCGCUCCAGUGAAAGCAAAAUUUUGCUGUUUCCCUUGUGAAACUGGUGCACAGUCUAAGAGAACUGACCCUUAAGAGUCUCAGUGAUGCCCAAUUUAAACUUUCCUUUGCUUCGUUUAACUUCAUCACAUCUCAUUAUACCUCUUGCCUAGUCAAUUUGAAGCUUGAUCCUUCACUACCCUUGCCAUAUUGCAUUGACAUUUUACAUCUGUGCAAAGGGAGGCUAAAAUGCAGGGUGUCUUUGCACAUGCAGGAUAUGCCACGGCUCUAGUAGAAGCAAACCCUUUUCGUUGAAAGAUCGCAGAUUAUGUAAUUGGUGUAAAAUGACAGUUUAUAUGGGGAGAAGAGCCUGGCUUCAUUAAGCCGCAGUCCAAUACUAUCCAGCCCUUCUACAAAAACUUCUACUCCCAUCUCCAGUGCAGAGUUGUGGUUCUUAUCAUGCAUGGCCCACAGGAUGGUAUAGAAAAGGACGGCCUCUGGUUCUUCUGCCUCCCUGCACCAUGGCAAAAGUAUCUUUAUUCAGCAGCAUUGCAGGGAGGCAGCAGGCCAAUGUGGGUCUGCAGUAAGGGUGCGAGGACUGAGCAACGCACUGUUGCCAUGCACUAGUAAAUGAACCUUUAGCCAAUUCGCUGCUACAGGAACAUAGCAACAGGCACUAUGAUGCCAUUAACCAUUGCUAUCCAUGACCAGUAUGAGAAAUCGCAGCAAGUAGGCCAAUACUGAAUCAUAACUAGUAGUCGCCAGAUGAGAUGGGGACCCUGUACCUUUCAUAUUCUGUAGAAGGCAUUUUGGCAAGUGGAGCUUUUUAUGCGGUUCUUUAUAACUGACCAUUCUAGAAGAGUGUGCCUUUACUUCAAGAAUUCCAUGUUUCUUGGUUUCGUUGCACGGCUCCAACAAAUCAGAACACCAGAAUAUUCAAAUUUGCAAACUGGAAAAUUGGUGUCUGGCUGAUCAGGAUCUUUAUUUCAAUAUUCUGAUGUUUUCAUCAUUUGGUUUUUCUUACAAGCCUCCAAAAUAAAGUUGUCUGCAUCAAACCCACAAAUGUAAAUGUGGGCUCAGUGGUCGCUUGGAAAAUUGGUCUAGUCUCUUGUAAUGAUGGAAUGUUACUUCUUUUUGCCCAUCUAUAGCAUGACCUUGGCAUGUGUGCGGUGCACUUGAGGGAGCGCUUGAAAGUCCCAGGCAAUAUACCGUAACAAUCUGCAUCAUCGCCCCCUCCCGCAAGACUUGAAGGUUACAAUCUUGCAUGCCGUUCGUCUGCUGAAAUCACAUUGACUUCUAUUGGAUUUUAGCAGUGUAGCUGUAGGAUGUGCAGCCUGUUAUUUUAAUAAUAGUGGGAGGUAAAUAAUGUCUUUGCUCUGUGAAGGGCACAGGAGAAUUACUCCUAUGGAAAGGUUCAGAAAGGUGCAUGAGUGCAAUGCCCCUUCCAUAUAUGCAAGGGAAGAACGGUGGAUACUGUCCAAUAACUCCAGCUCCUGGAGUCCCACAAUUGGAUGAGAAAAAAGCAGCAAUAGUUCCAAACCUGUUGGUUGUGAAGUAAGGUGUGGUUUCUGUGCUACCCGUCAUUUUGCCCUUACUAGAUGUAUCCAGCUAUGUGUUUUCUCUCUCGUCUUAGAAAACCAGUGAUCUAGUGCAUUUUCCAUCCCAAACUGGCUCUGAAACAUUCAUUUCUUCCUGCCCCUUGGCAUCACAUUUCAUAUGACUAUUACUUUUCAUAAGCAGAAUUGGACAAAAAUAUUUUCCUGCAUAUAUGGCAUCCUACCAUAUAUGCUAAAUGCUGACCAGUCACUCUUCCUGAAACACACAAUCUCACUGCUGUCAGCCAUUAUGAUCCACAACUUCUCUUUACUUCUGCCAAGAGACCAGUGUGCAUGAGAUUUCCUUUUGAAAGUGUAUGGCAUUCCCCUGAUUUUAGAAAAGGGAUGUUCCUGAAUAUGCAGACAUCAAUGGGUAUAUUGGGGCUGAUGGAUCAGAAACAAUGGGCACAAUCCAAGUACUUUCAAGUCCCAUUGACUUCAAUACAAUAAAUUUAAAAAUAUGCUUACUGCACCUCUUGAAAGCAAAAGUACUUACUGUAACUUUGUAUUUCAAAUGAAAUAUCAUUGCCCCACUUAAUAUCUUAGAACCUAGGGAAUGCGACUUUAGUCUUUACAUUUUCAAGUAGGGGAUUAUGGGUCUUUUUACAAUAUUUACAACUGUUUUGCUAUUUAUUGAGAAAUAACUAGACAAAAUGUUAAUCUGACUCAAGUCUCUGAGCCCCAAAUCUGAUAUAGUUUCUCUCUCUCUCUCUCUCAAUUCUAACACACUCUACAGCAGAUCGAAAACAGUAGAGCAAAUCCAAUUGAACUCAUCUUUUCCAUCAACACAAAAUAAAAAUUCUGUCUUGUGUUUUAAUAUUUCUGAGUUUUUCCAUUUCUGAGUUUAAAACCAUUAAACAAAGAAGAGGGAGAUGGAAUCACCAAAAAGAGAAAAGCAAUAAGAGGAUUUUUUUAUUUUAAACUUUUGAAGAGUAUUUCUUAGAUGUACAAAACUUUUCUACAGAAAGGUGUCCUUUUUUGCAAUUGAUGUAAUUGUAUACAGAUCUUCGGUUGGUUUGUAUUACCAAGGAAAAUGAGUUCUUUUUAAAUCAGUAGAUAAUCAAUUUAUUGUUCUCUUCCCUCUCAAAAACUAGUCAGUCAUAGGAAAGUGAACUGUCUCCUUGUAACUCAGGUUUUCAAUAGCAAUGGCCAUAGACAAAUGUCACCUCCAGUGAGGUACUCCCUCUAGAUUGGUUCAGUGAUUAGGGCUACUAUCCUCUAUACACUUUCUGUAGGAGUAAGUCCCAUUGGACUGAGUAGGACUUCUGAUUAAACAUGCUUAGAAUUGUGCCGUAAAACUGUUGAUCAGAACUUCUGUUCAUGACUCACUGUGUCUCCUGGAACAAGCCACUCUGACUUUUUAAUGUCUCAGUAUAUCUACCUAUACAAUUCAGGUGGUUUUAAAAAUAACUUCCUCUCUAGUUCAGUGCUAAAUUUAUGAUCAUUUGGUUAACUCAAUUGAUACUCUUUAAUAAGUAUACAAAAUGGUUUCUGGAGGGGAUGCCAAAUAAGAUGUCUCAUCAUAUAGAGCAAUCACUGAUUGGAGAAGUUAGUUUUUAAGGGAGACAAAUUGUUGGAAAUAUACCAAUGGCCAUUAAUCAAGAUGAUCAGCAUUUUUAAAUCUUAAGGUGGGCACACUGUUUAGAUCAAACAGUGAGGAACAGAGGGAACUCUGUCAUUACUCUGUGGUGUUACACUCUGAAGCUUUCAGCUAUGUCAAGUAUCAAAUAACCAGAGUAAGAUCUGCAAUUCCUUUAGGCCAGGCAUGGCCAAACUUAGUCC